CGGAGCACUAUGUGAUACGUGAGCUUAAUGAUAGUGAGACGAUCAUUCGUGGCGAAGUGAGCGCCGUUAUAAGUAGAGAAAGGGUGCGACGAUGCAGCGGUGCGACUUCUGAAACCGUAGGAAUCAUUGUUUGGAUCACCGGUGUUGCUUUCUUAAUCGAGCGACUGUUGUUUUCGAUCAUACGUCACGAUGGCUCUCAGCCAGACCAGCGUAUUAAAAUUAUAUAAUACUGUGAUAGAAGAUGUAAUAGCAGGAGUACGAGAAUCGUUUAUAGAUGAAGGUGUAGACGAACAGGUUUUACAAGAGCUUAAACAAAUAUGGGAAGCAAAAUUAAUGUCCAGCAAGGCUGUAGAGUUAAAUCCAGAUCCACCAGAACCUCAAGUUCCUCCAAUCAAUACGCAUAAAACUGUAUCUGUCACAAAAGGAAAUCAUUUUGUACAAUCAUCUGCUGGAAAUUCAGUAUCACAAACAUCUCAGCAACAAUCACAGCAACCGCAACAGCAGCAACAGGCACAAUCACAGCAGCAACAAACAUCGCAACCUCAACAACACACAAGUACUACAGGAACGACCGUACAGCAGCAGCAGCAUUCAACGACACCAGUGCAACAAGUAGUGAAUGCUCCAGCAGCUGUGCUCGACCGACAAGUACCCAUACAGAUCACUUUACCUCCUCAAGCUGGGGUUCCAGAUGGACCACAGCGGAUCUUAAGCAUACAAGUUCCUGCGUCCACUCUUCAAGGAAAUCAGUUGCAAACGAUUUUAACAGGUCCAAUAAUUUCCGCCGCUAUGGGUCUUCCAGCAAAUUUAGCUUCGACCCUGUUACAACAACAUGUAAAUUCUACGUUGCAAGGACAAGCAACGUUAGCUCCGCUACAAGUGAAUCAGCCUAUUCAAGUGGUUACACAAAGUACAAACAGUAUCGUUACACAGAGGCCACCUCAAAAUCAACAACAACAAAAUAACAUAAAUCAAAUGGACGGAGGGGUAGGUGACUCUACCGACGACGAUGACGAAGAGGAGGAAGAAGAUAACGAUGAGGAUGACGAAGAUCUGGACGAUAGAGAGGAAGAAGAAAACGACGAAGCAGCAACUCGCGAAGAGGAACCUCUUAAUUCCGAAGAUGAUGUUACGGAUGACGAUCCCGCUGAUCUCUUCGAUACAGACAAUGUAGUCGUCUGUCAGUAUGAUAAGAUCACAAGGAGUCGAAAUAAGUGGAAGUUUUAUCUCAAGGACGGUAUAAUGAAUCUAAGUGGGAAAGACUAUGUGUUCCAAAAAGCAAAUGGGGACGCUGAAUGGUAAUUCUAGGUGCGAUGUGAAUAUCGUGUUGCCCACAGUAAGCUCGACUCAGGGACGCUGCGUAUAAGGCAACUUGAUAAUGUGUUCACAUGAAACCACGUAUCAUGGUUAAUACAAGAGAUACGACCCAUCUCUGCAAUGAUUCUUCUACCAAUUGUGCUGCACUGGCAAACAGGGGAACAAUGGCAAAAAUUAUCAUAAAUAUAAGAUUGUAUUUUGUGUUACGUCCUCAGCCUUCUAUGGACGACAAACAUCUUUUAAAUGCGUUAAACGUUUAAACGCUGCCUUUACAGAUUUUACUGACAUUACUAGAUUGAUCACUAAAAUCGAAAUUUUUCUUGUUUUUUUUUCACAAUUUCUCAUAUUCUUGUUAGAAUAUUAGUAUCAAUUUUUACUUCAUUAAUUUUUUGCUGAGAAAAAUUUAAAACCAAAAGUUAAAUAAGCCAUAGAAGGUGUAAUACAUUAUAUUUUCAUGUAGUGCAAAUUACAAAUAUAUAAUGUGAAAAUUAUACAAGUUUCCUAUUGUGAGCCGUAUAUUACCGAAAAUGCUUGCGGAUGCCGAAAUUUCUCCUGCAAAAGAAUCAUAAUAAAGGUAGUUAGCUGGUUUUAUUAAAUAAACAAACCUUCAUAAGAUGGAAACGUGUGAUAUGUUCGUCAUCUCGAUCGGUGAUUCCAGUUGUUUAGGGAUCACAAUAUGAUAAUUUAUAAUUGCAAAGAUUGUAUACUAUAAAUCAGGGAUUAGCAAAUGGUCGAUCGUGAUCGAUCGUUAAACACUUUGCAGUCGAUCACAAAUAUCUUGAAAAAAUAACCUUUUUUUAAUUCAUUUUUUGCAAACAUUUUUGGAGCAUUCCAGUACUUCGGUCGAUCAUGAAAAAUUGUAUGUUAUGUGAUGUAUACAUGCAUAUUUUGUAAAAUUUUCGAUUUUGAACCUUCUCACACAGUUUCACAAUUUUUUUAAUUUGAUAUUCUUCAAUUCUUCAAUUAAUAUAUUAUGUAUAUGGAUUUUUAUCCAAUAAUUGAGAGAUGUAAUUAUGUUUCAAAUUAACAUAAACUUAUAAAAAUUAAAUUUAUUGACUUUCAGAUGAUUCAAAUUGCCCCAAUUAAAUACAUAAAAUUCAUGAGUUCUCAAGUUUUUGGCAUAUGCUAAGUUUGAAUAAUAUCAAUAUUGCAAAUGUUUAUAAAGAGAAACUCACUCUUGAAUUAUAAUUUAUGAAUAAAAAUAACUAAAAAAUUUUCUUAUGUUAUUAGGAUUAAUGUGUAAUUAGAAAAAACAAUGUAUAAAUUUCUACAAUAUAUACUUAUGAUGUGAUUACAAAUAUGCCAAAAUAGUGCGCAAUUUUUAUGGUGUAUUAUAUCAUUCUGCAAAGAAUGUUUCAAAUAUGUUUAUACGUUCUAAAAAAUUUGGAUAAAGUGUUUUAAAUAAACAAAAUGCUUUUGUUUUGUGUGUACAUGCAUAAA